AUGUUUGCCUGUUUCAUCGCUUUUUUCCAUGUUUUGUCCCUUGGGGCGGCGACUGUUAUCUCGCCCAGUCACGUCAAGACCGUCAUCCAAAGGGAUAUCGUGAUUCUUGGUGGCGGUGCUUCCGGUGCCCAUGCCGCUGUUCUACUCCGCGAUUCCGGGGAGGAUAUUGCCGUUGUUGAGGAACAGGACCGUCUUGGUGGCCACGUAGCAUCAUACAUCGAUCCUAUAACUCGCAAACUGUACGACUAUGGCGUCAACUCGUACACUGACUCCGGCGAGGCCCUUAAGUUUUUUGCGCGCUUCAAUAUCACAGUCCAAAGUCCUGUUCGUCGACCCCUGGUGACCAUAAACGCCGACUUCAACACAGGCCGCGUCACAAACUAUUCGGCGCCGGCCUCGGCCGAUACCACAAUCGCUCUGGAGAAGUACCUCGCUAUCUGCGAGAUGUACAAAUCCAUGAUCACUCCUUCUUACGCCAAUUUCCCGAACACUACAGCUGGUAUUCCGGAGGACUUGCUGCUCAAGUUCUCGGAUUUUGUCGAGAAGUACAAUCUCCGAGCUGCCGUCCCACGUAUCUUCCAGGUCACUGGCCUUGGCAUGGGCAACCUUGCCAACCAGACGACCUUGUACGUGAUGCAAGCGUUCGACGCGGACCUGACCCGCUCCCUGCUGGGUAAGGUCUCCUCUUUCGUCCCUGUUUCCGGGCGGAAGCAAGACCUUUACGACGCUAUCGCUAAGCUACUGGGCGACGACGUCUUCCUCUCGUCCAUGGCUAUUGAAACCCAUCGAACGGAUGAGGGCGUUGAAGUUCUGGUCCGCGGCGCCGACGGCCAGUUAACUCUCAUCCGUGCGAAGAAGCUCCUCAUUGCCUUCGAGCCCACCCUUGCCAAUCUCGAAGGAAUCGACAUCGACGCGAAAGAGAAAGCGGUUUUUUCCAGAUGGGAGUGGUCCCACGUGCACGUUGGUGUCGUCUCUCACCCUUCCCUUCGGAAUGGCUCUUCUCUUGCCAAUCAAGACCCCAGCAAGUGGCUCUCUCUCCCCGAGACCCCUUCUGUUGGCCGUUUCGACGAUCUAGGCGAUGGCUAUUUUCGAGUGCUCGUUACCGGGCCCCCUGACUACAACUCCUGUAAGGCGAAGAGCCUAGUGAACAGAUCCUUAGAGAAACUCGCCGACGCCGGCACGAUCUCACGUCUCGACGCUGAGAGGAUUGAGUACAAGGCCUGGUCCGACCACGGCCCCAUGCACCUGCGCGUGUCUGCCUCUGAUAUCAGUGACGGCCACAUAACGGACCAAUACGGAUUGCAAGGCCACCUGAGCACGUACUACACAGGCGCCGGUUACUGCGCACAAUUUACAACUAGGCUGUGGGAGUACAACAGUCAAUUUCUUGUCCCCAUGUUACUAGCCGGCCUCUGA